GAUGGGACUCUCGGCUCUCUGUGGAUGUAGAUCGUUAUCCGUGCUCUGAAGCCCGCCUCCUUGUUGUCUGCCUACAUUCGCCACCCAACCUCAACGGGCAUUUUGUCAGUUGUUGGUGAGCCCAGAGCAACUGAUCUGCAGCAACCAAUCGAAGCUGUGUGCCAAAUCAAGAUGCAGGCAGUACGUUGAUUCGGUGAGUAAAUCGCUAUCCAAUCAUCCCAUGUCCCUGAUUCUUCUGGUGUUGUUCGAUUUGUGUAGCGAGAUCCGACACCGUCCUUGGCCCCUGGCCUUCGCUUUUGAAACCCUUCAGCCUCACCAGUCUCGAAAAUAUUUCACGGUCGGGCGAUGGAGAACGAAAGAGAGAAAGACUUUGGAGCAUUUCCCUCAUAUUCCACCAAUGGGCCAAUGACACAGAUGCGGCCGACAUGUUUUCUGACUCCGUCCUUUACGUCUACCUUUUGAUUGGCAGAGUCUGGGGACUUCCCAUCGGCGGCUCCGUCGAUUCAAGUUACGACGCGUGGGCUACUGCGCUUUCGGAUGUUGGGCCUCUGAUUCUACUCAUCGGCGAACGAAGUACCAAACAACUGUUGCGAGAUAUCAGGGGCAUUAGCGGAGCCUUCAGCCUUGCGGCCGCGCCCCUGGGGCUCGUCUCCAUCGUCACCAGCCUUUUUCGAAUGUCUGGCAGUCACCGGAUCCGCUCGUUUCUGGGAUACGAGCAGGAAUCUCGGAGUGUUGCCGCCUUGGAGAUGUCUCGUGUCAACUGUAAUGGCAUUCAUCCCGAAUUGGUGGACGGCUAUCUGGUGCGAACAACUGCAGCUACGUCGGCUUUUCAUGCUCGGGCCGUGGGGGUGUCUAUUCUGCAAUCAACCAUCUCAGAGGACACUAUCAGAGAUGUCACAAUUCAGCUCCAGUCUUGUCAUACCUAUGAAGCAGCAAAGAUUCGGCUGCAUGUUCCUACAACAGCCGCCAGACUAAGAUGGUGCUCGCAGAUACUGGUCGCUGACCAGGAAAAGAACGACAUCAAGGAUCGGUUGCUGGAAAUACUGGCAGCCGCGUUGCAAGUGAAUCUCCUCGAUCAGAAAUCCGAAACUCUGAGAGGCUGGUUGCAACAUACACUGAAUCUGCCAACUGCAAAUAUGCCGCCUCAACACAACAAAAGUGCAGCAAGUAUGAGAGUUGCUGUAAGCGGAGCAGGAAAGAUCUCCUUCGCCAUCACCUUUGAUGCUGUCUCAGAGUACUCCACUGCCAAUCUUACCUCACGAAAGAUGUCGUCUCUCAUCGGACUGAGCUCGACGUUGACAAUUCUGGCCUUCUACUUGAUUGAGCUAAGGUUCAGCCUUGUGUGGCGACUUUCGACUGGCUGGAUCCUAACUAUUAUAGGAUAUAUUGGAAUUGUCACGUUCGUCACUCUUGCUGCUCGGAAUAUCUACCACUCUAGUCAUUCCAUACCGCUUCGACCAAGACAUGCACCACUGUCGCAGACAUGGAAGGAUGGCCUUGUGAUAGCCGCGCAGUCUGACAGCAAGGUGGGAGCAGAAUUUCUAACUGCUGUCAACGGUGGAAGACAGGCAUUCGAAGCGGUUUGGCUGAAGCCUCUGACCAGCUGGGAUUGCAUCAAAGCUGACGCAAUUGGGAUUUGCUUAACGAUGAGCUUCCUCUGCCAUUACCUUGGGCUUCGCUCCUCCAGCUGGUGGCUUGGUGUAUGCGAGCUUGUUAUCUGCAUCGCUGCCGCCUUCGCUCGUAGUCUUACGAAAAGCAGGCCAGUACAAUUCCGAGCAGGAACGGGUCAAUAUGGUGAAGCAAGAGUGGACUGGAGAUGUUGUAGCACUGGCCUGAUAACCGUCCAAAAUGCGACAGAAGUGGACACUCGACCGCAAGCCGUCGUCAGGUGUCUCGACUUGCGGAUCUAUUCGCCAGACAUGACUAUAUCCACUCCAAUCCCCGCUGAGAGCAUUGCCUGGCAUGCCGCUGCGCUGUGUUCGAAGGAUCAGCAUCUGCUGCGAUGGAUCCUGAAUGUAACCGAUAUGAAGUUAUGGGUCGGGAGGAGCGAGCAAGGAGGCGCUUCCCACGCUGUCGUGAUAUAUUUUACGUCCGGCAUCCUCGUGCAGGAAGGUUUGGCAUCGACCGAUGUUGGAAUGUGCGUUGCUUUCUGCUGCACAAUGAACGGCUUGGCUGCUCCAACGGCGUGGCUUGUUCGAGCCAUCAUGAGACAGCCUAGAUGGAGCGUUGAUCGGAAGGCGUUCACUUCGAUCAAUGACACCAUUGGAAAGGUCCAUGUCCCUUCGUUGAGCUCGAUCAUGACAUGGUGGUCGAUGAGCGAGCUGAGAAAUGGUCCCACGGAGAACCAAGAAAACCUGCAGUGGGCAUUUCUCUUGCUGAACACCGCUUAUUUCUCUCUUCUGCAAUCGGGAUUUGGGUCUAGUGCGGCUGACACAAACAAUUCGAUCAUCGACUCACUGCGAAAGCUGCAUAGAGAGACGAACCCGGGUUGUGAGGCUGCUGCAGUGGUGCUUUUUGAAAGGAUGAAAAGUGAACAACAAAGAGGCGCUGCUGUGGUGCCGCUGCCAGCUAUCAGCAUUUAAAUCCGUAAUAUCUGUCUAUCUGUCUAUCAGCCUCUAUUUUGCGCGUUGCGCUCAACGUCUAAAUACCCAUUAAUUACUGGUACCUCGCACCUUACCAACAGCCUCACUUGCGCUAAAACCCAU